AUGUCCACUCAACAAUCACGACCUGAAGGGCACCGUAUUAGUGCGCCAGAUGGUACUGGUAGUCUUGGUGGUGCUGAAGCCACUAUUAAACAAUUACGAUCGCAGAAUGAUCAGCUGUGGAAAAUAAUAGAGAAGCAAAAAACCGUAAUAACCAAUCUACAAAAGGAUAAUCAAAAAUUGGCCCAUGAAAGAGAUAGACUCCUUAUAAGAAUUAGAGACAUUGAUGCUUUUGAACGUUCUGAGGAGAAUAUUGUUAAAGGUGGUAAUGAAAUCAAAGUAAUCGCGGACAAUGUUAAUGAUAAUACAUCGACUUCUGAUGCCAUUAGAAUACGAACCAAUACACCACCACCACUUAUAUCACGUCUAUCAAAAUCGUUUCCUCAAGUACAGAAACAGCAGAUAGAGACGGAACUACUAACGCAAAGCCCCCAAUCACAACACCAAGAUUCUGAAACUUUAAUAAUAUCUAAGACUGCUUUAUCUUCAAGUCUAAAUACUUCUAAUGAAUCGAAUUCAAGUAAUCCUCCACCUGUUGUUGUUCAUGAGCCUUCUCCUGAAAGAUUAAACUUUGAACACGAAAAGGAUUCGGAACACCAACUUGAUGAGACACCAUCACGAAAUGAUAGUAAAUCUGCAUCAAGUCAAAAUGACAUUGUUACCUUAAAUUUAACUAAUGCGAACAAUUCUCAACAGUCUUUGUCGGAUAACAAUAUUUCAGGUUCACCUUCCAUAGAUACGCAAAUCUUACCUUCGCCUCUCAAUUUGGAUCAAAGUUCACAAAAUUCUAGGUUACAACAUACGCAUUCAUCUAAUCAAAAUCCACCUUCACCAUCAAUGUCAACUAAAUCUUCAGAAUCCGAAAGCUUAAGCAGCGGAAGUUGCAGUCGACAUAGACGCCAAAGCACAAUACAGACUAUCGAUACUGAAUUAGAUAUUUUAGAAGAAACUGAUACUCAUGUCCAAUUUCCUCAACCUCCUUUGAAAGAUUCUUCCACAAAACCUUCAAGCCAACAUAUUAAUAUUCAAAGUUCAGAAGUUAAUGAUAUUUCUGAUAAUCCACAAGAUUCACCUAUUCAAAGUCUCAAAAAAGUUCCUGAGCCUUUAGGAUUAGUACCACUAACGCAAAAGUUAGGAACGCCUCAACGUUCUCCUGGCUUGCCGUCCUCCCCCAAGGCUUAUAUGUACAGCAAUGAUGAACAGCCACCUCAGAGAAUAAGCAAUGAAAAUGAUGCAACUGCAUCAUCGAGAAAUAUUAUAAUCGAUCAAGAUAAUUUGAACUAUAAUAAAUAUUUGCAAAGUGUUGGUCACAACCAAGUUGUAGAGAGAUCACAACCAAUUAGAUCACAUUCAUUACCCAAUAGUGAUGAUAAGACAUAUCAUGAAAAGUCUGAGGAUGAAGGAUCACGGAGAGAUUCUCAAACCAGUAACAAUGAAUCUUUGGGUAUUAGCCUAAAGGACAAAUCACUUAGAGCAAGUAGAUCAUUUAGUCAUGUUCCCACAGGACCGCGAUCCCGUAUAUCAAUGAUGCCGCCUCCUCACGGAGGAUAUCCAGAAUUCCGAAAUCCUAAUCCCAAUAAUGUAUCAUUACCUAACCAGGGGCAAAUCGAUAAUCCUUCAGUAAAUCUAUCACAAGGACAACAGUGGCAAUCUUUUCAGGCACAUCCUCAGCAAACUACUACGUCUUCAUCACAACAGUCACAAUUAUCUCCACGUUCAGAAACAUCUACACCAUCGAUUACUUCAGAUGCCAUAUCUGGAAUUGCUGUAAAGGUCGUUGGCAGUAAUAAAAAAACCAAUGACAAGGGAAAAGAAGUAUUGACAUUCAUUAUUUCUGUUGGGCAGGCAAGAGUAAUUGAUGGACGCAUUGUUGGAAUGGAAAAGGAACUGUGGAGGGUUGAGAAAUUUUACUCAGACUUUUUAUCACUAGACGGAAAGUUAAAGCAACGACACAGCAAGAACACAACAAACAAAAUCGGUAAAUUACCAGAUAAAAAUUUAUUCCAUAACAAUGCACCCAGCAAAGUUGACCAGCGGAAGGUCGCUCUUGAGCAAUACCUUCAACAUAUAAUAUCACUGCCUUUAAGGGAUUCCAACGAUUUAUGCAAAUUUUUAAGCACAAACGUUAUUGAACAGGAUGAUAAAGAUUAUCAGCAAACCGGCUAUAAAGAAGGUUACCUUACUAAAAAAGGAAAGAGUUUUGGUGGAUGGAAAUCAAGAUUUUUUGUGUUGAAAUCACCGAUUUUAGAAUAUUAUGAAAGUAAAGACGGGAGUCAUCUUGGAUCAAUUCGCUUAACUCACGCUCAAAUUGGCCGGCAACAAUCUUCGAAUGAUACAGAUAAAGCUGCAAAUAAUGAAUACGAAGAUCAGAAAAGAAGAAAGGAUAACGAAAAUUCUUAUCGACAUGCAUUCUUAAUUUUGGAACCAAAACCUGGGUCAAAAACACAAAAUACACGUCAUGUAUUAUGUGCAGAGAGUGAUGCAGAAAGGGAUGAAUGGAUAUCACAAAAUGACCAAUGGAAUGAAUCGAAGAAUGUACAGCCGACAUUAGGUGUUUCAGUUAGUCAUAUUCAAAAGCGUUCCAGUAUGUUGGAAGAAAUUGAACGUAUAAGAAAAUAUAGUGGAACACCAGAGCCUAGGGAUGCUUCACCUUCAUCUUCACAAGUUAUUGCCGUUGUUAGCAGCAAUAGUUCAUCUCAAGGGUCUAGUACUAGGCGUGACCGACCACAUGACGAUCAAACUGCUGAAAAAAGAAAAAAUUCGCGCAAGACUUUCUUUGGCAGCAUGUUUGGCAGCAAAGAUGAUAAAAAGAAAUACAAUGAAAUACGACCUGAUGUCUCAAAAAUAGUUUUCGGUAUUCCUUUGGAUCAAGCAAUUGCAGUUGCGCGCAUAAAAGAAGGGUACGAACUCCCCGCUGUCGUUUUUAGGUGUAUAGAAUAUCUGGAUGCGAAUGAUGCAGAAAAAGAAGAAGGCAUUUACCGUCUUAGUGGUGCUGCCAUGACAUUAAAACACUUAAAAGAUAGAUUCAAUGUUGAAGGUGAUGUUGACUUGCUUAACCAAGGAGAGUACUACGAUGUGCAUGCUGUUGCUGGUUUGUUGAAGCUUUAUUUGAGAGAAUUACCUACAAGUGUUCUAACCCGAGAAUUACACAUGGAAUUUGUUAACGUUGUUGAUCUUCUCGAUAGACGAGAUCGUAUUAAUGAACUUGGUCGCUUAGUUUCGUCUCUUCCUUUAGCCAACUAUACAUUACUUCGGGCAUUGACAGGUCACUUAAUUAGAGUUGUACAAAAUGCUGAGAUUAAUAAGAUGACUGUACGUAAUAUUGGGAUUGUAUUUUCUCCUACACUGGGUAUCCCAGCCGGUGUUUUUAGUCUCUUCAUGGCGGAAUUCGAUUACAUCUUCUUUACAGAUAGUGAUGGUGUCGCUGCUCCAAAAACUAUAGAAGCGACACCAGAAAAUCCUGAAAAAGAUUAUCAUCAAUCUUCAACAAAUGAGUUUUCAUCCAAAUCCUCCUUAGAUAAUCAACAAUUGAUAAAUACCAGUCCGAAUGAAGAUCCAGCUUCACCUACCGCUUUGUCACCUAAGACUGCGUUACGACGACGUGAUAUACGUGAAGAAAUUACAGGCAGAAGUAAUCGAAACAGUGUUCAUUACAUGGAUAGUGCUCCUGAUGUUGUGGUCGGGUUAGAACGGAAGUUAACAGUUACUAAGUCAAGCCUUCGGCGGAAUGAACAGAAUGAUGAUUCAUCAGAAGAAGAGGAAGUUAAUGAUCUCGCUCUUCAGGUUGAAGAUGUUGAUUAUGAUGCAGAGAGCGUCUCUUCAGCUUCAGUUGAAGAAUUUGUCGCAUCUUCACCACCGGAUUCUUCAAACUUAUCGUUACCAUCUCCUCGAAUACUAGCACCACCAUCUCCUCGGACUUUAGCACCUUCAUUACAAUUGCCGCAAUCAAAUUACUACGAAACAAUAACAUUUAAUUAA